AUGAAUCGAAGGUUGAUUCAAGCAGCAUGCAGUGGAGAUGUUGAUUAUCUAGUUAAAGAGAUCGACAACAAUCCAUUCACGCUUCAUGCUGUGGCAUUGGAGGGUGGUGAAACUCUAUUACACAUAGCUUGUUUCGCUGGACAUGUCAAUUUUGCAGCCGCUGUCAUCAAAAUGAGGCAGGAACAUUGCAGGGAGCUUAACCAAGACGGUUUUAGCCCUUUACACAUAGCAGCUGCUUGUGGGCAUGUCGACAUUGUGAAGGAGCUUCUCAAUGUUGACUUUGGUUUGUGUUUGAUCAAAGGAAAAAACAGAAAAAUUCCUCUUCAUUUGGCCGUGAUUAAAGGUAAAACUGAUGUUGUCACGGAGUUGCUUUUUGCGAGCUGCGAUUCUGUCGAAUGUGUUACUGCUCAAAAUGAGACUCCCCUCCAUCUAGCUGUGAAGAACAACCAAUUCGAAUCUUUCCAAGUAUUGAUACAAUAUCUGAAGCAAGUCAAAAAGGAAUAUCUACUGAAUGCUAAAGAUUACAAGGUCAAUACGAUCUUGCAUCUUGCAGUCUCUAGGAAUCAGUAUGAGGUUGUUAACUUUCUACUAAAUGGGCAAGUUAUUAGCAUGGAAACUAUAGAGUUGAACUCCUUAAACAAGGGUGGUUUGACCCCUCUUGACAUGCUACGAAGGUUUCAAAGUGAAGACGCUGAUGACAUUGAGGAGUGUCUACUCCAAGCCGGAGCUAUUAAAUCCGAAGACCUACAGUCUACAGAAAAUCCACAACAAGAAGAAAGACCAAAUCUUCGUAAUACAAUUCGAGCAAACCCUCCAUCUCCCGCUAGGCAGUUGGUAAACGACUUCUUCAAAUACAAUCCUGUCAGAGAUUCUCCAGUCGAAGUAAGAAAUGCCCUUCUCAUGAUAGUUGUACUUAUCACCGCUGCAACUUAUCAACCGGCGGUUACCCCUCCCGGAGGCACUUGGCAAGAUAACAGCACUCCAUCCAUAAGAAACAAUACGAUCUCAUCUGCAACUGCUACUAAACCACAUACUGCAGGAGAAGAUAUUAUGGGUAGCAAUAAGCCGAUAGCCUACACUAUAUUUAUGUUUGCCAAUUCCUUGGGGUUCUACACGUCGAUUCACAUGAUGUACAUACUCACCGCAGCUUUCCCUUUGAGGUUGGAGUUUAAUUUUUUAAUAAUUGCGCUUGUUACGUCCUACAGUACUUGCAUGGGCACCAUGUUGCAAAAAGGCUUCUUGACGUAUGCUUUUAUAGGCAUCUCGGUCGCUCUACUGAUUAUAAUACAAUUUAGGACCGUCGUGUUCGGUAAAUAUUUGCUGGGGCCUAGAAACGUAUCACCAUACACAGUUCAAGAAACGGAUAGAGCUCAUACUAUGGAUAUAUAUUAG